AUGAGGGUAUCAAUCAGUUUAACUACCAUACUAUUGCUCUAUAUUCCUCAAUAUGCCAGUGGAAUAGAGCAAAAAUCCCAAGUCAACUUGGACUUUGAGUUGAAAAAAGAGCCUGGUGAUAAGUACUAUAGAGCUGAUAUAAAAGACGAUGACGUGGUGGAUAUAUAUCAAAAAUGGGUGGAUACAGGCCUCAGCUCGUUGAUGUCGGCAAUCGCUAAUCAUAAGUAAGCGAUGACUUUGAGAAAUCUAUAAAUUUUUACAGGCUAAAACGUCAACGAAGAUCGGUGAUUCAAAAGUACGGCGAAUGCUCAUCAAGUGCCACUGACAUCCCAAAGCAUGCCAGAUGUCUGAGUAAACUAUUGAAGAAUGAAAUUAAACCCGAAGUGAGGAAACGACCUCAUCGGCUUCAGAAAUACAGAAAAGAGAUAGAAGGAUUCAAAACCGACUUUUCACAGGAUCCUGAAGGCUUGCAUUUGCCAAAAAGAAGGGGUAGAAGAUCACCAAAAAUUCAGGCCUCUGAUUCCUAUACCCUCAAGACAAACAAAGAGCAAAUGACCCCUCUUGGCCACAUUGCCAAAGUCCUCAUGGAAUCUGUGAAGAAAUUGAAGGGCAAAUCGGAAAUUCCCAAAUGGCAGAGAACUGUUGAGAAGUUGAAGACAAACGGAGCAAAGAGAAAAAGGUACCAAGAGAUGAUCGAAAACGACAGUGAAGAGAGCCUGCAAAACAUGCAAUUGGGACUGAUGAAAGAGAAAAUGGGAAGAAAGAAGACGACGGCCAAUGACAUCGACGUUGAAGGGCUUAUAAAGGACCCAAAGGCGUUGAGAAAGUUAAUGAAAAGCAAGAAGAUCCCAAAAACAAAAGAGGAUAAAGUUGUGGGCAUGAUCAAAGGCGCGCUGAAACUGAUCUACAGCUUGGCGGGGGAGAACACAACGAAUUUUGAAGAGAGGAAUAUGAAGUUAGUCUCGCCAAGAUUUUUGGGAGUUGUGCCGGAGGAAAAGAAAGAUGAUGAGGUAAGAAAUACAGAGAUUUGAGCGACAUCGGUCGACGGAUUUUGCUUGCAUCUGGCUUGAUCGGAUAAUAAACAAAAAAAUUUCAAAAGUCCAAAUUUGACCUCUAAAUUUGACCAACUUCGUUACCAGAAAUCGAUUGAAAAUUAAAGCGGUCCCAGACAUAUGACAGGCCAAAAAAAAAGUAAAAAACUCUUCACUUUAUGAACUCCUAACUUGAUUAAAAAACUUGGCAUGACCGGUCGAACGGGCCAUGGUACCCGCUAAUCUGAAGUAAAUACCUUUUGUAAUGGUUUUUUAAAUUCUAUUAUAUAAUCUAUACCAAGCCGAUCACCAUUUUCAGAUCAGUCUAAUCUCGCCCUCACUCUUCUCUCUCCACGAUCAAGGCGAAGGAAUUGAGAAUCUGACCAGUCUCCCCAAUCUCCUCAAAGGAUUCUCCAGCCAAGAUCAACAACUUUGGCUGGAUAUCAUUAUGGAGGCAGCUGGAGUGAAUGAGGAAAGCGAGAGGCUUGAGCAGGACAUUAACGAAAUCAACAAAACACGAUCGUUGAUGACGAACAUUACAAACCUGGUCGAUGAAAAUGGCACUCCACUUUAUGCGACAAAAGAGAAUGCCACGGAAUUGGGGAUGUCGCCGGAGCACAUCGAAAUGUUCGAGAAGUUCCAUACAAACUACAGUAAAGAGCAGGUAAGGAAGCAACCUAAUGUCUAGUUUAGAAAACCCCCUAAUGUUUGGGACACCAAAGAUGAGCUUUUCUUUCUAAUAAAUCGCCUAAAUUUUCAGUUGCGCGAGAUGAACACCACUGGUUAUUCAAUCCUCAAACCGCAUCAAAUUGAGAUGAUCUAUGGCCCGAACUCUCCAUACGCCGAUGCGGCCGUAUACAAUCGUCUAAUGAACAUGACUGAAGAACAAAUUCGUGAUCAUUUGCACGACGAUUUCCAGCGAUUGGCGGAGUUGGAACACUUUAAAAUUGACGAAAAUGAAUUUGCAAAAUCUCAGACUAAUCAUCAUGACCGACGAAAGAAGCGUCAACUUUUGUCUGGUCUAAUCCUAUCGCCCGUUAGUUUUACCUGGCUAGUUUUAAACCCGUUGCUGGCUUCACAGCCAUUCAUCCUGUCGCCGGUUAUUUUCACGCCUCUAAUUUUAUCCCCCUCUCUUUUUGGGCCGAUUAUCUUGACCCCUUGGAUUUUCGUCCCGCUCGUCUUGUCGCCACGUAUCUUAGGAGCGAUUAUUCUUUCUCCAUUCAUGUUCAAUCCCUUGAUCUUGUCACCAUUCGCUCUUCAUCCGGCAAUCUUGUCGCCAGGCCUGUUCACUCCUCUAGUCCUGUCACCCCUUCUCAUGGUACCAUUCAUUUUGUCCCCUCAAGUCUUUACCCCAAUCAUUUUGUCGCCUCUUUGUAUGUCCCCACUUAUUCUCAAUCCUAUGGUGGGAUCGCCUCUUAUCUUGUCACCAUUUGUGUUGUCUCCGAUCAUAGCGUCGCCAAUGGCUCUAAGUGCCUUAGUUCUUAGUCCCUACGCGCUAUCGCCGGUCAUCUGGUCUCCUUUGAUUGUCUUUGCUGCCGUUCUCUCCCCGUCAUGGCUGAGCUAG